ACUGGCAACCUUGUUUAUUUUUAACAUGGCUAGGUUACUUCUGGGACAUGGAACAGGGAAUUUUGAGAGUAACGGAGGAUAGAUUAGAAAGAGCUUUUCAGCUUAUAGAACAACUUGUUUUGAAAGCUUGAGAUUGAAGCAGACGAUAAACGAUGAGCUCACAAGGACCGGGAUUGAUGACCCUCUUUUGAAGAAUCUUGCAUCUCAAAUGGCUGAUAAACUGUUAGACUCUAGAAGUGACACUACUGUAAAUAAAUAUUUCUCUUAUUUCAUGAAAUGGAAAACAUUCAUUACGUCUAAAGGAGGGAGUGCUUUACCUGCUUCACCAGUUUGUAUAGCUUUGUAUCUAACUGACUUGAUGAACAAAGGUUGUUCUAAUCACGUGAUUUCCUCUACUGUUUAUGGAAUCAAAUGGGCACAUUCUUUAAACAAUCUUCAGGAUCCCACAGAGAACCAUUUUGUAAAAAACUUAGUUGAAAGUGCUAAACGUACUUUAUCUAGACAUGUGAAUAAGAAGCAACCAGUGACUAAAGAUCUUUUAAUUGAAUUGUGUAGUAAAUACGAAAGUACAACUGAUGUAUUAAUAUUAAGAGAUUUGUGCAUGAUUUUAUUAGGAUUUUCAGCGUUUCUCCGUUUUGAUGAAAUACGAAAUUUGCAUUGUAAUGACAUUACGUUCCAUGACGAUUAUUUUUCUUUACAUAUCCGUAAAAGCAAAACCGACCAAUACAGGCACGGAAGUGACGUGGUUGUUGCUAAGGGCGACACAAUCGCUUGUCCUUAUUCUAUGCUAAGACGAUAUUUCGUAGAGGCUAACAUUUUUUCUGCAAAUUCUCAUUUUUUGUUCAAGCCGUGUUUCAGAACGCGAGGUAUUUCUAAGCUCAUUUAUAAAGAUAAACCGCUCAGUUACACUCGAGCUCGGGAAACGCUUUUACAUAGAUUACGUGAAAUCGCCGGCAAUGUUGAUUUCGGGUUACAUUCUUUAAGAAGCGGUGGUGCUACGGAUGCUGCAAAUGCUUCUGUCAGUGAUCGUUGUUGGAAACGUCACGGUCGUUGGAAAUGCGAUAAGAGCAAAGACGGCUAUGUUGCCGAUUCACUAGAGAGAAGGUUAGUCACGAAACAGCUAGGUCUAUAA